CACUCUUCAUCUUUGAGCGAGAGGUUAACGCAAUCGUCGUCGUUUGGGGAGGAACACGUAAGACGCCCUUCUAAUCUAAGGACGAAGGGAUCGACGCAACCGGUCGAGUUUGAGAUAAUUAGCGCCUGGCUCGCAACGCCGCAAAUGCUCUCGAUUCAAAAUUGCUCCGAACUCGGUAGGUUUUCUUGCUGCCAUUGUUAGGAAACUCCUACUCGAUGCUUCAGUAGUUCGGAUUCAAGUCGAAAGAAUCUAGCUUGCUUGGAUCCCUGACGCUUGGGUUAUCUUCAUCCUCCUUUCCGUACACCAACAAUGUCUCCUCGAACGGAGACGCUGUUAAUGCUCGGAGAAGGCAUACAUUACGCGACUCCGGUGAUACCCAGUACCGCGAUAACUGAAGCUGAAGUGGUACGAGGCGUUCUCCAAAUGCUACAAGGUCUCUCGCUCUCCGGGUCCCUCUUCCGUUGGGACUCGAAUUCGCGCUCCUAUCGUGUUUCCCAGCCGGGAGUUUACCUCACUCACCUCUCCCGCUCCAGCCUACACAACCUUCUCCAUCAGUUCAUCUACGCAGCCACUUGCUUGCGACUUGUGGAACUUUUGCUCGAUAAGCUGAGAUCGGUGGCUUCUACUUCCAUGCCUACUCUGAGCGCUUUUGUGUCUUCUGCCUCCUGUUGGCUCAAGAGGUUGAGGGAUAUUGCUUUGAAGGAGGAAGUGAAGGUAUGCAAUUCCAGUGUUGAAACCACUCCCACUAUGUUGGGACUGUCGAAUUCCUUAUCUAGUCUAUGCUCAGGUGCUGAGUAUCUACUGCAAAUCGUUCAUGGAGCUAUUCCCCAAGAAACUUGUGAGCCAAAUUCGUCUAUUUCAGCUGCUGAAGUGGCCGUCCACAUUCUUGAUUAUCUUUACAAGAAGUUGGAUAAAGUUUGUCUCGUGGAAGGUGGUGAGGAGGAAGGAUAUAGAUUAGUGCUUCAUAUGUUUGUGGCAAGUCUAUUGCCGUAUAUUGAAGCCCUUGAUUCCUGGCUUUUUGAAGGGAUACUUGAUGAUCCUUAUGAGGAGAUGUUCUUUUGUGCUGAUGGAGUAAUCUCAAUCGAGGAUUCUGGGUUCUGGGAGAAGAGUUAUCAGUUUAGACAAGAUCAUAAGCUAGAUGUUCAGAACUCUGGCCACACUUCUGCUGUACCUCCAAUGAAGGGCAUGAAAGAGAUAAGUAAUAGAGAUUCCAUUUCUUUGCCUGCUGCUACCAAAAGAGAGGGGCACAGAAAGGAACUUCAUGUUUGUCCUUUGUUUAUAAGUAACCUGGCAAAGUCAAUUGUCUCUGCUGGAAAAUCUUUGCAACUGAUUCAUCAUGCGCCUACAUCAUUGUCAUGUCCAUCAAGCUUUGCUAAAAGUUACAUGAGCGGGACUGAUGGUUUUGGAAGCAAUAAUUGUGACCAUAAAGUAACCAGCCAACAGCAGAGUUUAGCUGGGUUAACUUUGUCAGAGGUAUUCUGUGUUUCAAUAGUAGGGCUUGUUGGCCAUGGUGAUCAUGUCCAUAAGUACUUGUUAGAUGACAUAAGCCAAUCCAGCAUUGCCUCCACUUCUGCGGCCGAUGCAAUUAGCAAAGAGAUGCGUAGUAGUAACUGUGAGAACUCAGCCGUUUCAUUUUGCUCGGAGAAGAUAUGGUAUAAAUUCAUGUUGGAUGCAUUUUAUCAGAAAAAAACCACUCAUUUAGGAUUUUCUGGUCCAGCUGAGAUUGAGGAACAUACGAUCCCAGGAUUUGUAGUUGGAUCACAACUCCAUAGGUCAUUCUUUCCUGAGAAUCCAGUUAUAACUGUCUGUCAAGCUCCACUCAAGAAUCACAAAGAGACCUGGAGCGCAUUGAACUUGUCAAGAAAUUUUUCUCUGCCUCCUUUGAAUGAUGAUACCUUGCAUGAAGCUGUAUUUGGUGGAAACAAUGACAGUGUCAGAAGAACAAACUAUGCUCUGGGGUUUCAAUACAGUGAAUCCGAGUAUGCUCGUUCUGUCAAUGAGAGAAAGCUCUUAGAACAAUUAUUUCCUUUUCCCACAGUUCUCCCUUCCAUACAGGAUGAUGACCCAAUUUCAGAGCACUUUCCUUUCCAGAAGAAUAGCACACUUCCAUCGAGGGCUCUCUGCUGGAUUCUAAAUGUUGAACCAAGAAGCAAUCCACAUCCUGUAGUUAUUGUGCAGGAAUGCCUAUAUGUUUACAUCAAGAAGCAGGUGGAUUAUGUUGGCAGGAUGGUAUUGUCAAAGUUGAUGAAUGAGUGGAAAUUGAUGGAUGAGCUUGCAGUACUCCGGGCCAUAUACUUGUUAGGUUCAGGUGAUUUGCUGCAGCACUUUUCAACCAUACUUUUCAGUAAGCUGGACAAGGGAGAAACCUGGGAUGAUGAUUUUGAGCUAAACACUAUAUUACAGGAAUCAAUUAGGAAUUCUGCAGAUGGUAAUCUACUCAAUUCUCCAGACUCCUUAGUUGUCACCAUCACCAGAAAUCAAGGAUUUGAUAGUGAUGAACUUCCUAAUACACCUCGAGGUAUCUCAACUCAGAGAAGUCACCCAAACAACUUUGGAAUCGAUGGCCUUGCCUCAUUGAACUUCUCAUACAAGGUAUCUUGGCCACUGGAACUUAUUGCUAAUACAGAGGCCAUUAAGAAGUACAACCAGGUGAUGGUAUUCUUGUUGAAGGUCAAGCGAGUUAAGUUCGUACUUGAUAAAGUCCGAAUGUGGAUGUGGAAGGGUAAAGGCAACACGAGAAACAGCUCCAAACGUCACUGGUUGGUGGAACAAAAGCUCCUUCAUUUUGUCGAUGCCUUUCACCAACAUGUUAUGGAUGGAGUAAGGCCCAUUACCAUGAUUUGUUUACCUCUUCUUUGUAAUCAACUUGCAUGCCGUUGCAAGAACAAGAAGAAUGCUAAGAUCAGGAUAUUUGUAUCACAUUUAUUAACCGAGUACCAGGAGCAAUACGUAUAUCAUAGUGCAUGGCGUGAGCUUUGUGAAGGUAUGACCGCAGCUGGCUCUCUCGAUGAAGUCAUGGAAGUACAUGAAGCCUACCUACUAUCAAUUCAGCGGCAAUGCUUUGUCGUACCAGGGAAGCUGUGGUCCGUAAUUGCGAGCCGGAUCAACCGCAUCCUCAGUUUAGCUCUGAACUUCUAUUCCAUUCAGCAGACUUUAGGUAGUGGGGGCACAGCUUCUGCAAUGAAGGCCAAAUGUGAAAUGACAAUUGAACAGAUCGAGAAAAGCUUCGAUGACUGCAUAGCUGUUCUCCUAAGAGUGUUGUCAGUGAAGGUGAACGUGAAACACUUUCCUCAUCUGGCUGAUCUGGUUACCAGAAUUAACUACAACUACUUCUACGUGUCUGAUAACGGUACGCUGAUGACUUCCACUGGCCCGGGAACUGGUGUUUCGAGAACGGUGAAGCCAUUUUAAAGCAGAACUGAUUCUCUGUAUAUGUAAUCUGCAUUUAUGAGUCUUAUGAACCAUGUUUGCGUGGGACAAAAUGCAAGCAGCAAUGGCUUUUUUGUACAGGGUCUUGGGUUCUUAAAAUUCAUGGUAUUGACCCAAAAUUCGAACCCAGAGACGCUUUUUGGUUGGAUAUAUAUGUUUGUGUUUUAGUGAGUAAACAAUUUUUAUACCUUGUUUGAGUGAGAAGGUUUUGGUCCAGUGGUCAAAAUCCGGAAAACAAUUUAAGAACUCUUGCCUUCCCAUGUACAUUGAUAGUCCGGGGCUCUAUCAAGUAAGAGAAGGGAAAAUACACAUAUCUUUGAUAGGGCUAUUAAUGAA